AUGGGUGUUACACGAACAAAGACCAUCAAGAACAAGCACGCCGCUGCUCCUGGUGCUGCCAAAACCUCCAAGCGCUCCGCCACCGAUGGCAUUGCUAAGUCCAAGAAGUCAAAGGGCCCCACGCUGAGCCAGCAGGUCAAAGACAAGGGUCGUGAGGCACUUCUGCAAAAGUUCAAGAACCCCAAGAAGAAGAAGUAUACGGACCAACAGCUGGGUAUUCCCGAACUCAACACUGUCACGCCUGUUGGCGUCAUCAAACCUCGUGGGAAGAAGAAAGGCAAGGUUUUUGCUGAUGAUCAGGAAAGUAUGAGUACCAUCAUGGCGCUUGUCCAAGCGGAGAAGGAUGGCCAGAUUGAGUCCAAGAUGAUCAAACAGCGUCAGAUGGAAGAAAUUCGCGAAGCGCGCAAGGUCGAGGCCGAGAAGAAAGAACAAGAAAAGCAGUCGAAACUUGAGGAUACCAAAGACUCUCUCCGAAAGAGGAGAAAGCGCAAGAGCACAGGUGACGAAGAGGACAACAUCAAGGAGUUCACCACGAGCGGUAGCAAGGGGACAAAAGCAAAGGCCAAGAAGCGAGUUUCGUUCGCCUAG